AGACACCAGUCAGUGAGAGGCAGGCGGACUGCGAACACUGCACAACGUUCCCUCCACGCCUGAACACCAAAAUCCGAGCGUUAUGGAUCAUAUCUACGAGCACGUCGAGCCCGACGGACAGCCCAGGUAUGAGAACAUAGGUGAGGGAUUGAACCAUGAGUACAGCGAGGUGCAGGUCCACGCCUCAGAGGGGGGCGAGCGCAGCUCCCCGGAGUACAUGGAGAUCAAGGACGGUGACAAACACAGCAACUCCUCCUCGUCGUCCUCCUCUUCCUCGUCCUCCAGCGAUGAUGAAGGAGAUGGAGGAGACCUGACGGAUCAGCAACAGGCUGUGGUGACGAUGGACCUACCGCCUGAGCCAGAAGUGGAAGGGGUGAACGACGAGGAGCAUGACAGCUCCCGGCGCUCAUCAGCCUCCUCUCACUCUUCCUCAUCCUCCUCCUCCUCCCAACAAGGGGACCCCUGCGACGACCCUCCGAUUGAAAGCAACAUCCAGGACGAGGAUAAUGCCGUGGACGGGUUGCUGAUGUCUUACACCCAUCCCAACACCAUCCCGGAGACGAAGGAGUCUGUGGACUACAGCCUGAAAACUCUGGAGAACGUCACUCUGGAUGGCAGCAGCGCGGCCCUGGAUGACCCCAACGAGCCCAAGGUCUCCCUAUUUGUCAAGGCAGGAAGUGAUGGAGAAAGCAUCGGCAACUGUCCUUUUUCCCAGCGUCUCUUCAUGAUCCUCUGGCUCAAAGGCGUGGUCUUCAACGUCACGACUGUUGACCUCAAGAGAAAGCCAGAAGACCUGCAGAAGCUGGCCCCGGGGACGCACCCCCCUUUCCUGACCUUCGACGGCGACGUCAGGACCGACAUCAACAAGAUCGAGGAGUUCCUCGAGGAGGUUCUCUGCCCUCCAAAGUAUCCCAAACUGGCUGCCAGGCACAGAGAGUCCAAUACAGCUGGAAACGACAUCUUCGCCAAGUUCUCAGCCUUCAUCAAGAACACCAAAGCCGAGGCCAAUGCCGCUCUCGAGAAAGGCCUAACCAAAGCCCUGAAGAAACUUGAUGAUUACCUCACAAGCCCCCUGCCCGAAGAGAUCGACGCAAACAGCAUGGAGGAAGAAAAGGCCUCCAAACGACUGUUCCUGGACGGAAACGAUCUCACCCUGGCAGACUGCAACCUGCUGCCCAAGCUGCACAUCAUGAAGGUCGUCGCGAAGAAGUACCGCAACUACGAGAUCCCGUCGGACAUGACGGGCGUGUGGCGGUACCUGGAAAACGCCUACUCGCGCGAGGAGUUCACCGGCACCUGCGCCGCAGACGCCGAGAUCGAGAACGCCUACAGGGACGUGGCGAAGAGGCUGGCCAAAUAGCCCUCCGACCCCCCCCAUCCUGAGCGCCAACGCAAUAAACCAGCGACACACACAAACAUCCACAAGAGAAAAAAAAAAAACAAAACAUAAAAUUACACUGCUCAGCAUAUUCUUCGUGCGACACUCUGCAGAAACAUAAGAUCUUUUGUCUUUUCCAGCUCCGGGCGUGAUGGAUUGCAAUAAUUCAGCGCUCCCUGUACUUAAACGGUAUUUCAAUCACAUCGGCAGACAUGGCAAAACAGAAGCGGAGCAGAAGAUAAAUCGAACCCUGUUUAGCUUGACCCGGAGCCAGCCUUCAGCCGGCUCCGCUGCGAAACUUCUGACAAAACUCUUUUCACUCAAACGCGAUUGUGUCUGUCCGUGUGCGUUCACUCGUGAGACAAAGCCCUCUUUCAUAACGUCCUCCGCAGCGCGGCCAAAACAUUUCACUAGCUGCCGAUGUCAAGGUUUGUUGGCUUUAUUUAUUCCCCGGGCCCACAGAAGUCUAGCCCGACUCUCUGUGUUUAUUAUCGAGCUCCGGCUCCCGGGGAGAGACACCUUGUUUCAUCUGUGAUGGAUGAUUUACGCCCAGAGUUCUCCGAACACGACGGCUCUGAUUCUCAGCUUUCAAUCGCCCGCCAUUCCUUUUCGUCGGCGUUGCUGCAUUAAUUCUUUGGGGUUGGUUUUUAUUUUAGCUUGCGAGUGUCUCAUAGAGAUUCCCCGUCCGGCUCUUGAGAGACUCAAUGGGCAUCCAAAUGAACAAACUUGCCCACGUCGGGGGGGCUUUUGGAGAACAAAGUUCAAAAAUGUCGUGCCUUUUGUUGAGUAGAAAAAAAUAAAUAAAUAAAAAGAAGAGAAAAAAAAAAACAAAACAAUGUCAAGCCAUUGUGAUUGAUGGACUCGUUGGGAUUAAAUGCGUUGCAACAAGGAGUUACAGCUUGUAGCUUCCCUUCCCCAACUUGUGAAAAAUCCACUUCAGGUAUUGAUUUUGUCUCCAGUUACCUCACGAUAUUAUAAAUGGAGGUACUAUUUAUUCAGCGGCCCAAUCAGGUCUGAUUAGGCAGAGCCAUUAGUGGCGUGAUGAAAACCAUCUUCCAGACCAGUUCCAUACUGGUCAGAGAGCCCUGCCCUGCAGCUCCGCACUCUGAUGAGUCCAUCAACAUCCCACUGCUUAGAAAGUCCAGGUUUAGGAGUCUCAGUGUCCACAUGGAGGAGAGAGGAAACUUGUCUUGAGGGGAGUGGGGGGGGGGGUUGCUGUUUUUGGCUUGCUGCAACGUUUGCGACUAUAGCGAGACUUCCUCGAAGAGCCAUAAGGCUUUUGUAUGGUUUGGACAAACACAUGAUGUUGAAACCGGAGCUUGAUGACUGAGAGAGUUGCUCACAGCGAAGCUCUGCAAAUAAAUCAAUAUUUUCACAGA